AAAGAGUCGCACCUUGAGGAAGUUAACAAAACAUUCGAAGGAGAACAAAAGACGAAUCAUAUAGGAUGGGACUUAUGCAAUGUUUCGUGAUUGUCUUGAUGCUAUCUGCACAGCUGGUGCUCACCUCUCCGCUGACAGAUCGGACCCAGUACUACGAUAUGGGUGGCCGUAUGUGUCAAUUUUGCCCUGCAGGUAAGUAUCAGAAGUCUUGUACAGAGUGUGUGUCCUGUCCUGCUGGAAGCUACACAAGUGAGUUGAACCGUGAAGACAGCUGCCAUCACUGCUACAGAGACUGCAGACCAGAUUUCCAUCUGAAGGUGGUUCAGAAUUGCACCAGCACGUCUGAUGUGAAGUGCAUCUGUGAGGAUGGUUACAGAUGCAGUGACAAGGUCCCAUAUCCAAACUGCAGAUACUGUACAAAGAUCCAGGCAACGGCCACAACUGAAGCAGCAGUAGUUAUUUCCAGUAAAGAUAAACACACCCCUUCCUCAGCUUCCUCAGGACAUAGCAGCACUUCAGCCAAGCCCUGCCAAUUUCCCAAGUGUGGCUCUCAGUCGGUCCCUCCGGCAGGGAAUGGCACACAUAUCAAAGGAGACAAGACGAGCAGUCAGCUGGCAGCCAUCUUGUGCCCAGUGGUCGCUGUGGGAUGUGUGGCCCUUGUGAUCCUGUUCUUUGUUCGUGGCCCUGGAGAUGAAACAUGUUUCAAGCAAACUAUUGCAAAGUUAUGCAAUGAGGGAGGUAGAGAUGCUCCUCACAAGCCGAAGGAGUCAACUCAUCAGUUCCCCAGAGACUCAUUCAGUGCGAAGCAGCAGCCAUCGUGUCUUUCAGCAGCUAACCUUGGUCCAGUCCAUGUCCACAAUCCGGGGACGGUCGUCUUUAGCUUGCUCAGUCAGUUUACAGGCCAAGUUGGUCCAACAAUUGAAUGUGGGAAGACUGCCGAGAGAGCAAACAGUGAAGAAGAAGACGAGAGGGACUGUCCUGUGUUUCAUCCCACGUCGUCUCCCAGCAUUCAUCUCUCUGAAGAGGAGAGGAGCGGAGAGAUUGACAGCAUUUUCUUCCCCUCCCAGGAGCAGGGAAAAGACUGCCAUGUGUCGAAAGAGGAGGCGCUAUGAUGUUUCUGAAAUAUCCCCAGAAGAUUUGUGCUGGUGGUCACGACCGCUGGCGUUCAGACUGAUCCUCAACACAUUCUUUCAAAGCAAGGGACCGUAAACUGUGAACCCACAGAUGAAUGUGGAGCACAUCCAUCUCCCUCUGGCAGACUGUGAAUGGUUCUCAGAGACAUUUUUAUCUGCAGGUUCCCGGAAAACUUGUGGUGAAUGCACACCAGAAACUUGAACUCUGGGAAGAACAGCUGGAGGGUGAUCUCCUUUGUAAGUUAAUAAUUUAAAAUGUCAUGUAAAUACUCUAUCUCAAGUAUUAGACCUGAAAGUUUAAUGUUUUGCAUAAAU